AUGAAGCUUAAAGAGUUCAAUGCUAAGGUGAAAUCACUUCCAUUCUAUGUCACUUUUGAAGAAGCUUGGGAUAAGCAUGAUCUAGUGGAGUUCUUUUUCACAACUAGUGAAACCAAAGAAGAAGUACACAACUUUUUCAGAAGGCACGAUUUCCCAUGCCCCUCAUGCAGUCAAUCAACCAUCAUCACCACCAUCACACCACCACCUGAAUGCCAGCAUGUCUUCCAACAAGCUUGGCGCCACUACCCAUUCACCACCUUCUUCCACAACUGCAGAGAGACACCUCAGGACAUCAAAGAGCUUUUUGAGAAAGCUAAAGUUCAGCCUACCUUCAAGACCCUCUACAAGAUUGAAGACCCAGGUCAAUUCUCUAUUCCCUGUCAAGUAAAUGGUCAUUACUUUGAUAGAACACUAUGCGAUUCUGGCUCUUGCAUAAACCUCAUGCCAACCCAAACCGCCAAACUCCUUGGCAUCACACGCUUGCAACCUGCUCAAAUUAGUAUUGGACUUGCUAACCAUACUAUAGCCAAGCCAAGAGGAGUUGUUAUUGAUGUUCUUCUAGAGAUUGGAGAUAUCAAGAUCCCGGUGGACUUUCAUGUCAUGAACAUCAAAGGAGGAUGUGACACACCAUUGAUACUAGGCCGACCCUUUUUGGCCACUGCUGGAGCUGUCAUGGACCUUCCAAACAGGCGAAUGUCCUUAGCCAAUGUUGACAAGACAGUCUUUUACAAGACCAUACCAUUCAUCUCACCAAACAAGCUGUCUUACUCAUCACUGCCCAAGGCCGCCCAAGAGAACCACCAGACCACACUCAAGGUCACAAUGAGACAAGAACUAAAAGACUAUGUCUCAGGCCGUGCCCUUACCCCAUCUCCAACUAAGAGAUCCUAUCAGUCAAGCUAA